UUCAAGUCCUUUUUCAACCCCAGGACUUCAACGAGAAGAGAGAGAGAGAGAAACACAGACAGAGAGAGGGCUUCAUUGAGAGGAAACAGAAACCCUAAGAGAGAGAGCAGAAACUGUCCUCGAUUAUUCUACUUUUUAAUUGCAUUCCGAGAUCUUAAUUCUUCAAUCUAUAAAAGAAUUAUUACUACAGGUUCUGUUUUGGCUAUGGCAAAUUCCAAGGACUCAUCAAAUGUCAGAAAUUUUAUGUACUCUGGAAAGCAUGCAUUACUUCCUCCAAAAAUUCCAUUUCCUAGUGUUACCCCAUCAUAUGUUGAUUAUGUGCCUAGUGGUGUAAUUGGAUCAAAAGCUGUUCAAAGGCCUAGAGAUGGAAACAGUCAUCACCAACGAACAUCUUCUGAGACACUUCUCAUAGAGGAGCAACCAUCUUGGCUUGAUGAUCUCCUUAAUGAGCCAGAGACACCUGUUCGUAGAGGAGGUCAUCGGCGUUCAUCCAGUGACUCUUUUGCAUAUGUAGAUGUAGCUAAUGCUUCUAACAUGGAUUAUGCUGCACAGGAUGAGUAUAGAUACAAAAAUAUGAUGUCAAUUCCUUCUUGGGCAUCUCAAGACUUUGAUUUUUACAAAGAUGCUCGACAAGCCUCUCAGUCCCUCUACGCUGACAUAAACAUGACAAAACAGAAAAAUAGAGCUUGGGAUUCAUCUUUAAAUGUUGCAACACGUACUAGUGGGCUUCCUUCUGGAAGGGAGAUUACUGUUUCACAGAGCCUGGGCUCAUCAGGUGCUCCACAGGAAGCUGAUGGUGUUCCAACUUCAGUGCAUGAAAAGCAAGAUUCAGCUGAAUCUGGUCAACACGAUUCAAGAAAUUCAUCUGAAAAAAAGGAUAAUUCUCAUGCUAAGUCUUCAGCAUCAGAGACUGAUACAAAACGUGCUAAACAGCAAUUUGCUCAACGUUCCCGUGUUCGGAAACUUCAGUACAUAGCUGAGCUAGAAAGGAAUGUACAAGCUUUACAGGCAGAAGGCUCUGAAGUUUCAGCUGAGGUUGAAUUUAUCAACCAGCAAAAUCUUAUUCUAAGCAUGGAGAAUAAAGCCCUUAAGCAACGUUUAGAAAGUUUAGCUCAGGAACAGAUUAUCAAAUACUUGGAGCAUGAAGUUUUGGAGAGGGAGAUUGGAAGGCUGCGAACCUUGUAUCAGCAACAACAGCAGCAACCGCAGACACAGCAACAAUCAUCUUCCAGCCAUCGUCGAACUAACAGCAGGGAGCUUGAAUCCCAAUUUUCAAAUCUUUCCCUGAAACACAAGGAUGCCAAUUCUGGCCGAGAUCCUGUAACAGGUCCAGUCCGCACUUAGAUAAAUGAAUUAACCAGAGACUUGUUGUGCCACCAUUUUGCCACAGUUGGGCUGCCACAUUAACCGUCAUUAUUUUCUCCCUGAGUGGGGUAAAGCCAAGUUCCUAUAGUCUUCAUCCCAUCUCUCUGCCUGAUUUGCACAAUUUGUUUUUCUGCUAUUUAUUGCCUCUUUCAAUUUGAUAAAAUUAGUAUCUUCAUGUGCACCUGGUAGUCGUUGCUGGAAAUCUUGUUUCCAGGCAAUAUGACUUUACCGGAGGUGGUAAAACUUAAAAAGAGGUACCAUAUUUUGGGCCCUCCUGUAUGCUCCCAGUGAUUAUAUUUCAGGAAAUUUGUGUUGCUCCACUUAUACAUUUGGAGAAUGAGUAUCCAGUAUGUGGAGUCAAAAGUAGUGAAGGAUCUUUAGGGCCUAUUGGAUAUGCAUAAUUUGUAAUGACCCUUGUCCAAAGGAAAUGGUUUCUUGUACAAUCUGUUAAAUGAAGUUCAUGUCCUUAUAUUUGGAUGAA